AUGGUCUCCAAGCGUCUCUUCCUUUCAAGCGUCUCUUCCUUUCAAGCGUCUCUUCCUUUCAAGCGUCUCUUCCUUUCAAGCGUCUCUUCCUUUCAAGCGUCUCUUCCUUUCAAGCGUCUCUUCCUUUCAAGCGUCUCUUCCUUUCAAGCGUCUCUUCCUUUCAAGCGUCUCUUCCUUUCAAGCGUCUCUUCCUUUCAAGCGUCUCUUCCUUUCAAGCGUCUCUUCCUUUCAAGCGUCUCUUCCUUUCAAGCGUCUCUUCCUUUCAAGCGUCUCUUCCUUUCAAGCGUCUCUUCCUUUCAAGCGUCUCUUCCUUUCAAGCGUCUCUUCCUUUCAAGCGUCUCUUCCUUUCAAGCGUCUCUUCCUUUCAAGCGUCUCUUCCUUUCAAGCGUCUCUUCCUUUCAAGCGUCUCUUCCUUUCAAGCGUCUCUUCCUUUCAAGCGUCUCUUCCUUUCAAGCGUCUCUUCCUUUCAAGCGUCUCUUCCUUUCAAGCGUCUCUUCCUUUCAAGCGUCUCUUCCUUUCAAGCGUCUCUUCCUUUCAAGCGUCUCUUCCUUUCAAGCGUCUCUUCCUUUCAAGCGUCUCUUCCUUUCAAGCGUCUCUUCCUUUCAAGCGUCUCUUCCUUUCAAGCGUCUCUUCCUUUCAAGCGUCUCUUCCUUUCAAGCGUCUCUUCCUUUCAAGCGUCUCUUCCUUUCAAGCGUCUCUUCCUUUCAAGCGUCUCUUCCUUUCAAGCGUCUCUUCCUUUCAAGCGUCUCUUCCUUUCAAGCGUCUCUUCCUUUCAAGCGUCUCUUCCUUUCAAGCGUCUCUUCCUUUCAAGCGUCUCUUCCUUUCAAGCGUCUCUUCCUUUCAAGCGUCUCUUCCUUUCAAGCGUCUCUUCCUUUCAAGCGUCUCUUCCUUUCAAGCGUCUCUUCCUUUCAAGCGUCUCUUCCUUUCAAGCGUCUCUUCCUUUCAAGCGUCUCUUCCUUUCAAGCGUCUCUUCCUUUCAAGCGUCUCUUCCUUUCAAGCGUCUCUUCCUUUCAAGCGUCUCUUCCUUUCAAGCGUCUCUUCCUUUCAAGCGUCUCUUCCUUUCAAGCGUCUCUUCCUUUCAAGCGUCUCUUCCUUUCAAGCGUCUCUUCCUUUCAAGCGUCUCUUCCUUUCAAGCGUCUCUUCCUUUCAAGCGUCUCUUCCUUUCAAGCGUCUCUUCCUUUCAAGCGUCUCUUCCUUUCAAGCGUCUCUUCCUUUCAAGCGUCUCUUCCUUUCAAGCGUCUCUUCCUUUCAAGCGUCUCUUCCUUUCAAGCGUCUCUUCCUUUCAAGCGUCUCUUCCUUUCAAGCGUCUCUUCCUUUCAAGCGUCUCUUCCUUUCAAGCGUCUCUUCCUUUCAAGCAUCUCUUCCUUUCAAGCAUCUCUUCCUUUCAAGCAUCUCUUCCUUUCAAGCAUCUCUUCCUUUCAAGCAUCUCUUCCUAUCAAGCAUCUCUUCCUUUCAAGCAUCUCUUCCUUUCAAGCAUCUCUUCCUUUCAAGCAUCUCUUCCUUUCAAGCAUCUCUUCCUUUCAAGCAUCUCUUCCUUUCAAGCAUCUCUUCCUUUCAAGCAUCUCUUCCUUUCAAGCAUCUCUUCCUUUCAAGCAUCUCUUCCUUUCAAGCAUCUCUUCCUUUCAAGCAUCUCUUCCUUUCAAGCAUCUCUUCCUUUCAAGCAUCUCUUCCUUUCAAGCAUCUCUUCCUUUCAAGCAUCUCUUCCUUUCAAGCAUCUCUUCCUUUCAAGCAUCUCUUCCUUUCAAGCAUCUCUUCCUUUCAAGCAUCUCUUCCUUUCAAGCAUCUCUUCCUUUCAAGCAUCUCUUCCUUUCAAGCAUCUCUUCCUUUCAAGCAUCUCUUCCUUUCAAGCAUCUCUUCCUUUCAAGCAUCUCUUCCUUUCAAGCAUCUCUUCCUUUCAAGCAUCUCUUCCUUUCAAGCAUCUCUUCCUUUCAAGCAUCUCUUCCUUUCAAGCAUCUCUUCCUUUCAAGCAUCUCUUCCUUUCAAGCAUCUCUUCCUUUCAAGCAUCUCUUCCUUUCAAGCAUCUCUUCCUUUCAAGCAUCUCUUCCUUUCAAGCAUCUCUUCCUUUCAAGCAUCUCUUCCUUUCAAGCAUCUCUUCCUUUCAAGCAUCUCUUCCUUUCAAGCAUCUCUUCCUUUCAAGCAUCUCUUCCUUUCAAGCAUCUCUUCCUUUCAAGCAUCUCUUCCUUUCAAGCAUCUCUUCCUUUCAAGCAUCUCUUCCUUUCAAGCAUCUCUUCCUUUCAAGCAUCUCUUCCUUUCAAGCAUCUCUUCCUUUCAAGCAUCUCUUCCUUUCAAGCAUCUCUUCCUUUCAAGCAUCUCUUCCUUUCAAGCAUCUCUUCCUUUCAAGCAUCCCUUCCUUUCAAGCAUCCUUCCUUUCAAGCAUCUCUUCCUUUCAAGCAUCUCUUCCUUUCAAGCAUCUCUUCCUUUCAAGCAUCUCUUCCUUUCAAGCAUCUCUUCCUUUCAAGCAUCUCUUCCUUUCAAGCAUCUCUUCCUUUCAAGCAUCUCUUCCUUUCAAGCAUCUCUUCCUUUCAAGCAUCUCUUCCUUUCAAGCAUCUCUUCCUUUCAAGCAUCUCUUCCUUUCAAGCAUCUCUUCCUUUCAAGCAUCCCUUCCUUUCAAGCAUCCCUUCCUUUCAAGCAUCCCUUCCUUUCAAGCAUCUCUUCCUUUCAAGCAUCUCUUCCUUUCAAGCAUCUCUUCCUUUCAAGCAUCUCUUCCUUUCAAGCAUCUCUUCCUUUCAAGCAUCCCUUCCUUUCAAGCAUCCCUUCCUUUCAAGCAUCCCUUCCUUUCAAGCAUCCCUUCCUUUCAAGCAUCUCUUCCUUUCAAGCAUCCCUUCCUUUCAAGCAUCUCUUCCUUUCAAGCAUCCCUUCCUUUCAAGCAUCUCUUCCUUUCAAGCAUCCCUUCCUUUCAUGCAUCCCUCCUCUCACUCCCUUUCACGCCCUCUCACUCCCUCUCACUCCCUCUCACUCACUCCCUUUCACUUCCAUUUCGCUUUCCAUUUCAAGCUACAUCCUUCCAUUUCCUGCUACAUCCUUCCAUUUCCUGCUACAUCCUUCCAUUUCCUGCUACAUCCUUCCAUUUCCUGCUACAUCCUUCCAUUUCCUGCUACAUCCUUCCAUUUCCUGCUACAUCCUUCCAUUUCCUGCUACAUCCUUCCAUUUCCUGCUACAUCCUUCCAUUUCCUGCUACAUCCUUCCAUUUCCUGCUACAUCCUUCCAUUUCCUGCUACAUCCUUCCAUUUCCUGCUACAUCCUUCCAUUUCCUGCUACAUCCUUCCAUUUCCUGCUACAUCCUUCCAUUUCCUGCUACAUCCUUCCAUUUCCUGCUACAUCCUUCCAUUUCCUGCUACAUCCUUCCAUUUCCUGCUACAUCCUUCCAUUUCCUGCUACAUCCUUCCAUUUCCUGCUACAUCCUUCCAUUUCCUGCUACAUCCUUCCACUCCCAUAUCCAUCCUUCCACUCCCAUAUCCAUCCUUCCACUCCCAUAUCCAUCCUUCCACUCCCAUAUCCUUCCUUCCCUUCCAUCUACUUACCUUCCUUUAUCCCCUCCAUCCAUCCCCAUUUGAUCUUCAUUCAUCUCCAAUCCAUCCCAACCUCCGUGCACCCUGCAGAACAGUGCAUGGCUGCAUGUUCCGCUGGCUCUUUGUGCUCUUCUCCGUCUACACCUUCCUCAACACACUCUCUCGCGUCGCUCCUUCGCCUCGCUCGCACAAGAUCAAGAAAUCUCAGUAG